AUGGCUGGGGCACUCAAAGCCGUGAAGGUCUUCCGCAUGCGCGAACUCAGCAAAGCACUGCCGCCCAUCGCUGGUCAAUCGUCGACAGCAUCGGCGACCUCGACCAUUGUCAACCCGUUUCUCCCGCGCAAGAGCCUGGAGUCGGGGAGGUGGAUACCUGCGAAGUACUCGCUUAGGCAGCAAGCGGACCUCGUGAAGAAGGCAAAAGCGGCCGGGAUGCUGCACCUCCUCCCAUCAGGCCCCAAGCUCUCCAUACGCGAGCUCGCAGCUGCGAAGGCCAGCGCGUCGGCUUCUGUUACUGAAGCUGAAAAACCAAAGAAGGCGCCGCCGCCCGCCGGAUGGGAGAAGGACGUGCAAUGGGAGGGCGAGUUCAAGGAGAAGGAGGUCAAGGGCGCGGACAUCGGUGCGCGGUUGUACGCGGGCAAGAAGCGCAUGUUCAAGGGUCACCGCUGGGAGCGUGUGAUGGACGCACGCAUGAAAAAGCGCGAAGUCUUACUCAAGUCCAUGCCGGAGCGUAUCGAACGGUUCCGUACGAACUACAAGCGGAAAGUCCCCAACCCUAUCGCCGAGUCGCGCAACACGUCCUACUCAAAACUCCCCUUCUAA